CCCGCUUCGCCAUGUUAUCGAGGAAACGCUUCAAAUCGCCGUCGCUUCUCGUCCCGGGAGAAGAUUAACCACAGGGCGUUUUUAGACGCUAACAACACUAAACCUCGACAUUUUUAACUCGUAAGCUUUUAAGUUCGUACUGCCAGCAGCCAGCUGAGCAGCUGGCUCAAACCGGUUUUUAAUUUUUCCCUCCCGGUGAGUAAAGGCCGAAGCGGCUGACCAUGGAUUUUUAAGGCAUAAUGCGGCACCUGUAAUGCAAUGGCAAUGCAUAGUGCAAGGCAAAACCAAGCGCGAAACUCCAUCUUCGCAACUGCCAAGCAGUUGGGCUCAAAUACCGUCCGCGGUAUACCUGCGAGCCAACCGGUACCGCUGCUGCUGGACCGGAGGAAGCUAACGCUAGCUAGCUAGUCAGCCUUUUUUUUUGUUUUUAGCAUAAACGUUUGAUCCAUCUGAUUCCAUCUCAACACUAAUCGAUCAAAACAAACAAAAAAUAUGAAGCCUCAAGACGUAAUCGCCGCGAAGAGCAGCCUGUGGAUCUUCGGGUACGGGUCACUGGUGUGGAAGCCUGACUUCAAGUACAAGAGGAGCAAGGUCGGCUACAUUCAAGGCUACAAGAGGCGUUUCUGGCACGGAGACAACUUCCACCGCGGCAACGACGAGCUGCCCGGAAGAGUGGUGACGCUCAUUGAGGAUGAUGACGCGAGCACUUGGGGCGUGGCGUUCGAGGUGACGGGCUCUCAAGUCGAGGAGUCCCUGAAGUACCUCAACGUGCGCGAGACGGUCUGCGGCGGCUACAAAACCCAAAUGGUGGAUUUCUUCGCCGAGGACGGGAGCCAGCCUCCGGUUCAGGCGCUGCUGUACAUCGCCACCACCGACAACCCCCUGUACCUGGGGCCCGCCAGCCCGGAGGAGAUUGGCACCCAGAUCGCCAUAUGCAGAGGGAAGACGGGCCACAACCUGGAGUAUCUGCUCCGGCUGGCCGAGUUCAUGAGGAAAAGCUGCCCGCAAGUGGAGGACGGUCACCUGUUCUCCAUCGAGGCGGCUGCGCUGACCGUGGUGUCCUAUCUGGUGGCAGCACAGUAGCUCGUACCCUGUCUUACUAGCUCAUAGUGGAUGAAUACACUACACACAACACUGAGGCGUUUCAUCGGUCAUGCCUGUCCACCUGUGUUAUUUUUAUGUUGUGAUCUAGCUUUACACUAGCACACAGUGUACUGAAUGCUACUGAGUGACGACUAAAGGGAAGCAUGACCUCAUGUUAACACUGUAACGUUACACCUGUUACAUGUUUGUACAUUUAUAAAAUGUAUGAUCACUGACUGUAAACAUUUGUGUAUUUGUCUUUUUUGAAGACAUUAAUGGUUUUAUUUUAUUUGCACAAUUCAGAUUCCGUCCACCUCAGACGGUAUAAUUGUGGUUUGCCAGUUCACCAAAUGGCUGCUUUUUUUUU